AGAGUGUGAAAUUGGUUUAUGGUGCAUGAACAAUCUCCCUACUGAGGUGAGGCAGUAUUUAAGGGUAGUAGUGUUUAGUUCAAGGACACUUUUACAGUUGUGUUUAGUUUGGAUCUUUAAUUUUUGGUUUAAAAAAUGUUUUAGAGUAUUGUUAAUGACUAAUGAUGGGUGGUGAAAGAUCGAGUAAGUACUAAAAGGGCAAAAGGUCUCUAAGAGUAAAAGGUUAGCUAGGAGAUUCUCUUUGAAAAUGACUUACAGAAAGGAUUAAGGGAUGUUGGCGGCUUGUCCUAGUUAACAAGGGUCAAGGGCCAAGGCCAGGAUAUUUAAAUUUUGCGGUUUAGGGCCAGUGUGGAGAUGUGGAAUAGGUCCAUAAAAUUUAUCAUUUAUUAUAUGUUUUUUGGGUAGGAAUGCAAUGUACUAUGAAUUUGAACUAUAUGUUUAUUUAAAAAUAAGGUGUACAGUGAGUAUUAUGAAUCAGGGUACAAUAUCAGGCCCGGCCAUUGGGCGGUCUGGUCGGAUACACGGCACCGGGCCCAAAAUUUAGGGGGGCCCAAAUUCUUUUUCGCCAGUUGCAUUAAAACUUUAAAAAAAUAAAAAAUAAAAAAUUAAAGCAUCUUCUUCCCUUCCCUUCCCUUCCCCGUGAGUUCAGUCAAACAUGCAAACCCCAACUUCCUAAAAUAACUCUUCAAAUUCUUAUUCUCUCUCCUUCUCAUGAUUUGAUUUCCAAAAAAUAGUCAAUUAAUUCUCUUAAUUCCCUUAAUUUUCUCUCCUAAAAAUACUCUAAUUGACUGAAUUCUUCUCCUACCUUCUCUGCAAUUAUGAAAAAAGUACCGUUCAUCCUUGUUUUCCUCUCUAUCAAUUCAUUCUCUGAAAUUACCCAUCUAAAUUCAUGGUAUUCAACGGAUAAAUUUCAUUUAUUUAUAUAUGUAUCAAGAAAAUCUCUUAAAUAUCAAUAUCUACUUCGAAUUAUUUUCAAUUCAAAUAGCCCUUCAUUCCUUCAAUAACGAUGCAGUUGGACCUGAGGCUCUGAACUAUAAGUCUAUAAUCAGAGGGGAAAUCGGGAGUUGCAGUUCGUUAUUGGAAGGCCGGAAGCAAUCAAUUUCUUCUCUUUCUUCGUUUGACAAGCAUUCAAUCCAGGCCAGUUGUUGUUCAGGCAUCUUGUUCAGAUGUGUUCCUGCUGUGCAAGCUUACUGCAGUCUGCAGGUCUGCUUGACUGGUGUAGCGGUGUACAGGCUGUCUGACUGAGUGACUGAUGCAGCUGGUGCAUUGUAUCUAUGUUGUUGCAGUGUGUAUUUGUUGAUGGUGUGUUGUUGUUGUGCUCUACUACUGCAGUGUUGCUUGCUCUGUUGCGUGCUUGUGCUCUUAUCGUAGUUAAUUUGUUGAUGGUGUAGUGGUGUACAGGCUGCCUGACUGCAGUGACCGGUGCAGCUCCUGCAUUGUAUCUUAUGUGAUUUUAGUUUGGGAUGCGGGUUCGUGCUCCCUUAGCGGUUUUUUCUGUUUGAAUGUUGUUUAGUUUUUACCUUUUGGUAAUAAAAAUUAUCUUAUUUACCAAAUAAAUAAAUAAAUAAUAGGUUUAUAGUUAAUAAUUCCCCUCAAAUUGUUUUUAGGGGCCUCAUAUGAGCUUCAUUGAUAAGCUUAGCACAGGGCCACCAAAUUCUCGGAGCCGGCCCUGGGGUACAUAAACCACAUGUUGCAUAAUUAUAGUGUGAAGGAGGAUAAGGGCAUUAAGGACUUUUUUCAUAAAGACGGGUGGUGUUUACUGCUUUAAAAAAAGCGAAGCUCGUUUACUAUCUUACCU